CCCAGAGGCGGAGACACACGCUUGCAGCAGCAGCAGCAGCAGCAGCAGCAGCAUGCAUCUGUCGCAGCCAGCACGCCACCUCCCGCUGACGGCAAGAACACAGAUGAGAGGUAACUGAGGGGAAAAGAAAACGCCACUAGGUCGGGAGAAGCACCGGUGUCUGCGUUGUUCGGUGAUGGAGCAGGUCCGGGCAUGUGGUGGCAAUGACGGCACGCCGACAGCAGCCUCGAGGAGAGGCAGCGCACUAAUAUUUAGCGACAUUGUCUGACAGGAGGUUCUGUGGUUUCCUGAUCGCUCUGUUUAGCCAUCAUGCAGUGUUCGUGGAAAUACAUUGUGCUGCUAGCAUUAGCCUCCUUGGCUAUCCAGUACACGGCCAUCCGCACCUUCUCCACCAAGCUGCCAUACCUGCUGUGCUCUGUCGGCAUAGAACCCACAGGCCAAGCUGUCAACUGCAGCCUCAAGGAUCUGACACUUGAGGGCUUGGACUGUGGCUGUGAUGAGAACCUCUCCCACACCCCAUCUUCCCCCACCUUCUCUCUGCCCACCUAUGAUGCCAACAAGAGAACCCACAUCCUCAUUCUGGCGACAACACGAAGCGGAUCCUCCUUUGUGGGUCAGCUGUUCAAUCAGCAUCCAGAGGUCUUCUACCUGUUUGAGCCCCUGUACCACGUACAGUCGGUACUGCUUCCUCGACUAGCGCAGAGUCGGAACCUGGCUGAGAGGAGGGUAAUGAUGGGGGCAGCCCGAGACCUGCUGAGGUCUCUGUACCACUGUCACUUCAGUAGCCUGGAGAAUUACAUACGACCCCACCCUGUCAACCACUCCACUGACAAGCUGUUCAGACGAGGAGCUAGCCGGUCUCUGUGCUCCCCUCCAGUAUGUGAGGCUCCUCUGGGCCCAGAUGAGCAGAGCCUGGUGCUGACUGACGAGGGGGAGUGUGUGAAGAGGUGUGGACCACUCAAUGUGUCACUGGCUGCUGAUGCCUGCAGAGCAAGGCACCAUGCAGCCAUCAAGACGGUUCGCAUUCCCCAAAUCAGUGAUCUAAGGGUGCUGAUUGAGGACCCAAGACUCAACCUGAAGGUGGUCCAGCUUGUUCGAGAUCCACGUGGCAUCCUGGCAUCCCGUAUUGAGACAUUUCGAGACACUUAUCGGCUGUGGCGUCUGUGGAGAGCGACUGGACGUCGACCCCACAACCUUGACCUGGGACAGAUUAACACAGUGUGUGAAGACAUUCUCAGGUCUAUGUCCACGAGCCUGGCCAGACCCACCUGGCUUAGAGGGAGGUACAUGCUGCUCAGGUAUGAAGAUAUGGCUAGGUUUCCUCUACAGAAGACCAGAGAGCUCUACAGUUUCCUAGGUCUGGUUCUGAACCAGAGAGUGGAGGACUGGAUCAUCAACAACACUCGGGGAGGCAGUGAUCUGUCAUCCCGGCACAAGUUCACCACAGUUCGGGACUCUGCUGCAAAUGCAGAGAACUGGAGAGUGAAGCUCUCCUUCGACAUGGUGGUUUACACUCAGACCGCCUGCCAACCACUUCUGGAGCUCCUUGGAUACAAGACCAUCUUCCACCCAAGAGAACUGAGGAACUUAUCUCAUUCUUUGGUGGAGGACAGGAUGUUCCUCCCAUUUUCUUAAACAGCUGAUGAUAUGAAUACAUCUAAUGUGUCCUAAAAAAAACAACAAGACAGGACAGUACUGUAGUUUAUGGAGCUGAGAAGAUGUAGAGUCAAAGCUGUGUGGCUGAUCUGGAUAUAUCCUCAUAUGGUGGAGUAAAUAAGAAAUGUUGUUCGCAAUGUUAUAAUUGUUACUUGGGGACCAAGGGGCCUGUGCUGUUCAACACUGCCAUGGUUUGUUUUCAUUUUCUGGCUUUUAGGUUUUAGAUUACAUCAAAGGAUUUAUUUUUUAUUUCUCUUAAUGUUAUUGAGCUGCAGUGUCAGAAUAAGACAGUAAUUUUGUACAGUUAAAAUGAAUCUAACAUUUAUUAGCGUAUGUAUUUAGUGAGUGGAAGCAUGAAUAGUGUAGAACAGCAAAACGAUUCCACUCAUCUAUAAAAAAAAUAUUUGCUGCUAUUUAUUAUUUCUCACAAACCCUGUAAAUACUUUUGUCCCCGUCAUGCUUAUGUAGAAUGAUGACUAUGGUCUUCCAGUGAUCUGAUUGGUCAGUAGUUGGGCUGUUGACAGGUAAUGAUCGAUUAUCACAAACUAACCACCAACCUGGUCUAAUUACCAUGGUUUACCCCGCUAACAAGAGAACCAGCUUUGUAUGACUGAAAAGUGUAACCUUUUGUGUAACCUGAACCACAAAUCCUGCUUCGUGGUACAGGCCCCUGGGAGGUCUGCCAACCUUUAUUUAUUUAUUUACUCCCCCUGAGCAAUCAACUACCUCAGAUCCUGCCGCUUCUCUCCUUAAGUACUAUUCAACAUAAUCAAGCCACUUCAUUUUAAAUAAAUGUUACAGUUAAUCAUGUUUUAACUACAGUUUGUAGAUUUACUGACGAGCCAAAAAAUUAUGAACAGAUGAGGCAAAUAACUUCACUUAUCUUAUAACAGCAGCGGACGUCAAGGUCAGGGAAAGUGAAUAGUCAGUACUUGUUGUCAACAUAUCACCGCUCACUUCCACCGCGUGCUGCCUGAACCUCAAGAGCACCCCAAGCAGUGAUGGACCAAGAUCUGGGCCUGGAGUGAGUUGAUCAUUGAGGGAGAUUACCUGAUACGUGUAGGAGCAGUUGAACACUUGUCUGUGCUUUCUGUUGUGCUAAACCAGAUGAUUUAGAAUAAACCAUGAAUCGUUUGUCUUGUUCACCUCUUCUGGGCUGAGUUUUUGGACAUAGCCUGCAUCAACAAGCUUUCCUUACCUCUUCCUCAUAGAUGAGAGCUUAGGUCUGAUUGCCUACCAGCUUCCUCUCCUACCAGCUUGGCAUAACGGCAUCAAUGGGGGCUUUGAGCAGUGGUGUGUUUUUGAUGCGCAGCAGUGGCAUUGCAUAUCGCAGAGUUUCACCAUCCUUCACACAAACUGUGCGCUCCUCCAAUAGAUUAACAGCCUCCUGAUCUUGACGCAACCGUGUUGCUACUUUCUCACUCCUGACUGGCAAGACAUCCAGCUGCCACGAACGCUCCACAUGCUGGUGAACAUCAUCUGGAGCCGGUUUGCAGUAUGUAAAGUAACAAUUGGUGGGCACUUGGUGUGACAUGAGUCCAUCAGGUCCCUGAAGCGCCAAGCCAAGCUCCGUGUUCACUGCUGCUGAUCCACCCUUGGGGCUAAGGCGUACUGGUUCCCUCGCGACGAUCAAGUGGGUGUUAUUGGCUCGGAUAAGGAGAAGUGACUGCACAUUGGUGAAGGGCUGAAUUGGGACUCCUCUAAGAUGGCAAUAGCACUUCUGCAAGGCAUGCAUUGGAUAUGAUUGUUCAGCCAAUGCCAAGCAGUUGGCAGAGAAUGCCCCUGUAGAAACUUGUUCCUUGCCAGGUUGACCCAGUGAUGCAAUGUGGAAACUGACUGCUGCCCCUUUGAUGUGAACAAUGUCCUGCCUUAUUGUCCUAAGGGCCAUUGUCUCAUGUUCUCUGGCCAGCCCAAGAUGGUGUGCUGCCUCUGACAGAAUCAUGGUACGUUCAGCGCCAUCAUCCCAUAUAGCUAUGUAUGUGUAGCACUAGCGUCUGCCAAUAACACACAAUUUACGCCACUGGACCAGUUCUAGGUUCUUAUGGAGUGGGGUGAGAGUUUAAAAAUAGACCAGAGACCUGGUUCUUGAAAUAUAAAGCUGGCACUUUACUGAAGGUAAACAAAGACAAUACAUAUAACAGAUAUUCAAAUAAAGAUCAUAUCCUGCAGGUAUCAAGAAAUUGCAAAUAAAACUCAAUUCCCCCUAUUUUAGAUUUUUCACCUAAAUUAGAAGUAGUUUUAUUUGAGAUAGU